AGACAGGGCCUUUACAACAACUUGGCAUUUGUUGUUCUUGGCUGAAUACUUAAAUUCUCCUUGACAAAUUCAGUUUGAGGGCAUAGAUGGAUUUUGGGCCUGGAUAUGAAAUCUAGCCUGUUCCUCUCCACAGGCCUUCCCAGGUGCUCUGUGAAAGCCUCUUGUUCCUUCAAGCUGUAGUUCCACAGUGCUUAAUGUCAGGUUUGGAUGCUCCAAAUAAUUUCUUAAUACAAACCUGACCUUUACCAGGUACAGGCACAACAUCACAACCAUGCUGAAUUUGUCAGACCAAGUAAUAUGGUGUUGAGGGAGACCUGUGGGUUUUGGGAUGCAGGAGAGCUGAUCCAACGUGAAGCCUUUUUGUUCAAAGCUAUCAAUCAGUGUGAUUUUUUUACAGAGUCUCUGCUCUGUGCUGUGUGGCCUGGGACCUUUUCACCAUCAGAGGGGAUUUUCCUGUAUUCCUGAAACUGCUCCUUUCCUCCCCUGAGAUAACGGUCCAUGAGGAUCAAUCCCCUUUUGCCAACUCUGAAUCCAUUAGGAGUGAAUUUCCCAAGCCCUGGUACACUGGCCUUGCGCUGUACAAAGGGUAAACACUGCCCAUGUCCAAGCUGUAAGACAGAACGGAGAAGCCAAUCUGCCCAGACACGAGUGAGCUCUGUGGUCACACAACUAAUGUUUCGCUCUUGGGGAAUUUGGCAUUCAAACCCAGAGGUACGGGACAGUGCUCUCUCCAGACCCAAGGGCAGGCUCUGCAGCGUCAGCAGCUCCCAUGCAGGAGUUUCUACAUGGGCAUCUCCAGUUCUGCUUGCUGUGACCUUCCAGGCUGCCAAGGAGACGUGAGGCUCUGCCGGGGACCUGCCAGCCUUGUGUGAUGAGCAGCCACUUGCCAGGACUCACACCAAGCUUCCCGGGACACUGAGCUGCUGCUUGGCAUCCUGACCGCUUCUGAUUCCUUGCUGUGCUGCUGGCAGGGUGGGAUUGAUGUCCAGUUUGGGACGCCUGUCACCAUCCUCUGUGCCCUUGGCAGGCUGGGGGACCAAGCUGGACCCCUCACUCUAAGGGGGCUCUGUGUGAGCGAGGGACGGGUUUGGGGCUGUCCAUAUUCAUCCUGGUGGGAAGAGCCACCUCCUUUCCAUCUGGGAACCGUGUCACUGCUGGAAGCUGGAAAUGGCACCACAUGCACCACGGGCCAGAGCCAGCAGCCUGGCAGCAGGGCAGUAGCUGAGCCUGAGCACCAUCCCCCAGGGCUUGGAGCUGCCUGGGGGGCUGCCGGAGUCCCCAGCACAGGCGUGCCCCAGGGAUGUAGGAGCCGGGAGCAGGAGGGGCCCUGCAGCCAUGGGCCGGCUGGACGACCAUGCCAAGAGGAGGAUCGUGGAGCUGCGCCGGGCUGGGCUGAGCUUCCGCAAGAUCAAGAAGGUGCUGGAGCUGGACGACAUCCGGGUGACGCCGCAGGCCGUGUACCUCUUCCUCAAGAGGAAGAGCGUAGAGCCGGGGCUUGCAGCACCUGGCUGGGACAGGGACCAGCCCUGGCCUCCACUGCAGGGGCACGACGAGGCUGAGCCCCCCAGGCUGCUGGGCACCCGGCCCCCUGCAGUGCCCCUGGGGGAUCCCACAGGCAGCCAGGACACCAAGGAGAGCAUACAGAUGGUUAGUGUGGCCUCCCUCUGCAAGGACGAUGGGCAGCUCGGGGACACCCUGCCCGUGGGGCCGGCCCCUGGGAACGGUGACGACAGCUCCACAGGCACCCUCUUGGCUCCGGGGAGCUGCCCCGCUCUGAGGGGCUUGGCCACCCCCCAUCAGCCACUGCCCAGCCGAGGGCGGCUGGUCACACCUCACACCAGGAACCCAGCCCUGGUGGUGAAGAAGACAACUGUGGACAGGGCUGUUCUCUGGCAGAAAAAGGUCAAAGAUGCCAGCACUCAGACUGCCCUGCUGAACCCCGUGGGUCCAGAAAAUCACCAACUUGCUUGGGGUGUGCCAGUGCCCCCCUCUGCUCCCAGUUCCCAAGCCAUUGCUGAGAAGCUGGACACUGUGCAGACGGAGGUGCAGAGGCUGAGCCAGGCCCUGCACGUGGUGCUGGAGCAGCAGUGCCGCCUGGAGCGCCAGCAGGAGCACCAGCAGCGGCUGCAGCAGGAGGUGCUGAUGACGCUGCAGCAGCUCAGCUCGACCGUGAGCCACGGGGCCGUGCCAGCCAACCAGCCCCGCGGCCCCUUCAGCAGCAUGGCCGAGCCCUCGCCCACCCUGCCCAACUUCAGCCAGUUCAAGAUGGAGCUGAUGUGAGCUCCCGCAGUGCCGGUGCGCUCCAGUGCUGUGCUGAUGGAGCCGGGAGGAAGAACCACCUCUCAGAGGCUGCCCGAGGAUUACGUGCAGCACCCAGCAGAGAAGGUCCCUGGUGCCUCGUGUUCUCAGCCCUACUGACUGGAAGGGGCUGCCUGGCACAAGGGGCUGGGCAGUGGAAGGCUGAGGCUUCACUCCUGUGCUGCUCAUCCUGGCUGGUGCUGGAGCUGGCUGGCGGCCCCCUAAGAGGGACACAGCAGGGAGGUGGGACUCAAAGGAAACAUGAGGCUUCCUGCUCAUGAGGGUCAAUCACAAGUGCUGUGAUGGUCAAUCACAGGAACACCUCCUGUCCUCCCUCUGCAGAACGUUGUUCAGUAAAAACCUAUUUACACCAUGA